CAGAAGAAGAAGAUAAGUACACUGAAUGAUUGAGAAUGGAAGCAGCUUCCAUGUUAAAUGCCUUUGGUCCACUUAUUCUUGCUGGCCACAUUAAUUGUUGUCAGCAAUGCUUUGCUGCUUGCUAGUAUAAAUAAGUAUAUCUGUACUAGCCAAUGUUGUAUGUGGUGGGAGGACAUUCAUAUAUUCUUAAUCUUAAUGGAUCCCAAUGCAUCAAGGUUUCUCUUCAAUCCCUCAACCCUGCAGUCAGUUUACUAUGAAGCCAAAGAGAAUGAUGGCAUAAUUGAUCUUGGUCUCAGCCUGAGAGCUCUGCAGCCUGAAACUUACCAUCCAUCUGAGCAGUUGGAAAGCUUGGAGGGAUAUGAUGAUUUGAUAGAUUGGCCACAGGCUAACCUGAAUUUGAAGAAUUCUAGCAUUAUACAUCCAAGAAACAACCCAGAAGAUUGUGAUGAAGAGGCAGAGGGAGUUCAAAGCAAGGAGAGGUGGGCUUAUGUGAAAGUGAACAUGGAUGGGAUUAUCAUUGGCAGAAAAGUUUGUAUACUUGAUCAUAGUAGUUACUCAAGUCUUGCAUUUCAACUAGAAGACAUGUUUGGUAGACAAUCCGUAUCCGGGUUAAGGUUAUUCCAGACUGGUUCCGAAUUUUCACUUUUCUACAAGGACAGAGAUGACAACUGGAGAACUGUUGGUGAUGUUCCAUGGAGGGAAUUUGUAGAAUGUGUGAAGCGGCUAAGGAUUGCAAGAAAGAACGAAGCUCUUCUUUCCUCUUCUUUGAAAUUUAACUAAUUUAUCCUUUCCCAUUUUGCAUUUUCAUUCAUAUGUGUUUAGAGAGCAUCUCUGACUU